UUUCAAAUAAGGCGACAUAAUCAGAAAAACAAAACAAAUGUGAUAGAUUUUUUAUUUACAAAAAAAAUUUAAAGUUCAGUUUCACUUUUUAGUUGUGUUUUCAAUUCAUCCUGUCAUCUUCAAAGUUGCUGAGUUCACACUUUAAUGCACUUUGGUAUUAUAAAGUGGCUCCUGGACAAUCUUUUGUUGAAAUAUUAACUUGGAAAACAGGUUCUCAAAGGGUGACAAUAUCUUAAAAAUACAGAGGAAACAUGGUGCAAAAACUAGAAGCUAUCAAGGGCGGUGGAGGAUCAAUUAAGGUGGGGACUAAGGGAACAAUCAGUUCCCUUAUGACACGGGAACUGGACUCCGUUAAACCGGCACCUAAAACACCGGUGUCUUUCAGACACAAAUCUCAGACAAUUCCUACAUCAGUUGCCUGUGGUUCUCCCACUCCUAAAAGAUUACAGCUAAGGAAAUCUUUGGAUGGAGCAAGCACCAAUGGCAAUGACAACAAUUACAUAAGUUACAAACACCACCAAACUUCCCAGAAGACAAAAAGCUUGUCCAAAAGCACCCACCAGAUUCCAAUGCUUGGUUUUGAGAAUAUAGCUUUAGAUAGAACUCCUAGCAGACAGAAAAGUGACAAAAAAGUAUCUAACAUUGUUGAAGUUGUGGACAUAAAGUGUGGGAAAUAUCCUGAUAGAGCAUGGUCAAACCCUGUAACAAAUCGACUCAAGAAGCUUGGGUUCUCUAAACUUUCCCAAAGCAUUAUCUAGACCUGCAACUUGUUCACAUCAGAUUUCAGGUUCCUAUAACUGAGACCUGAAAUCCCAAGUGACCUGUUGUCUGAAAUUUCCACCAUGGAACAUAUGCUUGGUAUUAGCUUGCUGCUUCCUCUCUUUUUCUUCUUCUGAGUUGGUACAACAGGUCCAACAUUGGAAUGAGGCUUCUUUGAGCUGUCUUUGCUUCUUAAUUCAAGCUGGCUGAAGUACUCAAUCUCUUGCAUCACUAAGGAUCCUACAGUGCCUCUGGUGCCUAUUUCAACAGGAGGAUUUGCAAUUGCAGUAGCCAUUUCAACUGGAACACUUCUGGUACUAGUUCUUGAUCUUUGCAUGCUUUGUUUGAUGGGAUUAAUGAAGGAGGGUUGUAAAUGAGAAGGGAUUGUUGUUGUUGAUGUUGUGUUUAAGAUGAAAUCUCUUUGGGACAGGGCCAUCGGUUGUUUGGACUUAAAACCUAGUAUCUCCAAAUGAGUUCUUUGCCUCAUGUUCUUUAUCUAAAAGUGAAAAAGCAUUUAGAUAUUUGGCUUUGUUUGGAGGAUUAAAUGAUGGGCCUCAUCAUUGUUUUCAUGUGCUGGCGGUUAAAAACAUUUAAGCUUCUAACUUCUUUUCCUUUUAUUUUAAUGUUGUUUGGUGCACAGUAGGGUCAAUUAUUUUUACAGAUACGGUAAUGUAUUUGAUGUAACAUAAACUUACUAUUUUGUUACUAUCCUUUUCAAGUAAAAUAUUUAGUUGAAAUUUGGUA